CGUCGCCGGCUUUCAUUCCCAUUCCGCUGUAGAUAACCGCAAGAGACGUGGGGGUUUUUUUGGAGGGCUUUUCCACUAAUUUUGAAGGAGGAAAGAGCUAGGAAUCUGAUUUUGAGCUCCACUGUAAACCCGUGCGCACUCGGAGUAAAUACAACACAAAAAGGAUUUUUACUUCUCUUUAAAACAUGAAAAUGACAACAGCCGAGCUCUGCCAGGUGCUCAAAGAAGGCGAUCUGGAGAAGAGAAGUGACAAUUUUCUGCAGUUCUGGAAGAAGAAGACCUGCGUUCUGACCAGCGACACCCUGAGCCUGUAUGCGGACGGCCAAAAGCGCUCGAAAGCCAAGGAGCUGAAGCUGCAGGCCAUUAAGAAGGUGGACUGCGUGGAGAGAACGGGCAAGUACGUGUACUUCACCAUCGUGACCACGGACAACAAGGAGAUCGACUUCAGGUGUCUGGACGAAGGCACGUGUUGGAAUGCUGUGAUCACCAUGGCUCUCAUCGACUUCCAGAACAGGAAAGCCAUCCAGGACUUUAAGUCACGGCAGGAAACUGAAGUCGUGUCGUCGGGACACCAAGAAAGACACCUGGCCAGGUCUCCGUGAAGCCGCCGCGGAAUCGUAGGAGCCCAGAUUUGAGGGUCCAAUAACGUGUCUAUGAAGGCUGCAUCUGGAAACUCCAGUGAGGUCCGGCGAU